AUGUCGAUGUUCUUCACCUACCGGGAACAGUCUAUCAUGAUGCCGAUCAUGUGGGCUGCUGGCAAUAGUAGCCCGAUCACUUCAGGCUUGCUCUCGUACGGAGUCCUUUGGAUCAAAACAGGCGACUUUGCAACCUGGAAGUGGUUCAUGCUCAUCACUGGGGGCAUUACGAUCAUCUUCGGCGUUUUUGUUUGGUUUCUCUUCCCAGACAAUCCGCUCAAUGCCAAGUUCUUGACUCUCGAACAACGCGCCCAGGCUGUCCUUCGGAUCAAGGAGAAUCAUUCGGGUAUCGAGCAGAAGUUCUUCAAGCGCUACCAAUUCGUCGAAGCGCUCAAAGACCCCAAGAGCUGGCUCUACUUCUUUCAUGCGUGGUCGCAGGAGAUGGCCAAUGGUAUCACCAACCAGUACUCUCUGAUCAUCAAGUCUUUCGGAUUCACAGUGCUGCAGACAACUCUCCUGGGAUGCGUCACUGGACUAACAGCGCUGGGCUUCCUUUCAUUAGCAGCACUGAUCAUGUGGAGGACUCACAACUCUCGCGCCUGGCUAUCCGUCGUAGCAUAUAUCCCGUGCGUCAUAUCCUGCGGCCUCUUAAUAGGACUACCCUGGUCCAAUCGUUGGGGCCUUGUCUCCGCCAUCUGGAUGCGUUCCUCGACGGGCAUACCCUAUGCGGUAGUCAUGGUCUGGGCAGCCAACAACUCCGCUGGGCACACCAAGAAGACCACUGUCAUCGCAAUGUACCACAUCGGCUACGGCCUCGGCAACAUCCUGUCGCCACAACUCUUCCAGCCUCAUUGGAAGCCGCGGUACAUUCAAACAUGGUGGAUCAUCCUCUGGAUCGCGGUCAUCUUGCCCAUGGGCAUCAUCACAGUCUUGUAUUUUUACCUUGUUCGCGAGAAUAAGCGUCGUGACGUUCUUGCUGCGUCAGGUCGUGUCACGGAAGGCGGCGUGGUCGAAGAGACCACCGCGCACGGCGAUAAAGUCGCGCACGCGGUUGAUAGCAAUCAGCUGGACCUGACAGAUCGAGAGAACUUGACAUUGUAA